AUGGAGACUGUCAAGAACGCCGCCAACUACAUCUCGGAGAGCGUCCAGCAAGCCACCACCGGUGCAUCCAAGGAGGCCAACAAGAACAUCGCCAAAGACUCUAACGCCUCCCUCAGCACCAGGACCUCGGCAGGCAUCGACGCCGUCAAGGACAAGGCCAAGGAGGAGAAGCACAACGCCAAGGGCGAAGCGCACAAGGAGGCUGCCAAGAACUGA